CCUGUUAAAGGGGCGGAAGUCAGUCAGACACUCACUGGAGUUCUUAAAGUCUUGUUCUCUUUCAGUUUCUGCUCACAUACAGCUACAAACUCCAACGGCUCCACAGCAGCUCAGAGGCUGUGAAUUGGACUUUAGCAGUACUUGGCUACACCAGCGACAUGAGCAACAACUACAGCGUGUCCUUGAUCGGACCUUCUCCCUGGGGUUUCAGACUUCAGGGUGGUAAGGACUUCAGCAUGCCCCUCACCAUCUCCAGACUGACAGAUGGAGGGAAAGCAGCUAAAGCUAAGAUCAACAUUGGAGACGUUGUGUUGUCUAUCGAUGGCAUCGCCACAGACACCAUGACACACCUGGAGGCCCAGAACAAAAUCAAAGCUUGUACGGGAAACUUGAACCUAUCACUGCAGAGAUCUUUUGCUAAAAUGGAGACAACAAAGAAUGAAGCACUGGAGAUCAUAAAGCCUGUGCCCAUCAGCCAAUCAGCUGCGCCCGCCACCAGCUCCCCCGCCAACCUCGUCCCGGGCAACAGUGCCUACAACAAGACCGCACGGCCUUUUGGCGGGACCGUUAAUACAGUUCGAUCAGUCAGUCCAUCCCCGGCCCAGACAGCGCCCAAAGCCGCCAUCCCCUCUGCCUCAUCUGCGUUCACUCCAGCUGCACCUUCCGGGCAGCCCCCUCAACCCCCCUUCCCGCUGGGCAGCAGCACCAACCGCCCGCUGUCCUCGCCUAGCUCCACCCCUAAGCCCGCCUCUGGCCGCUCCCCCUUUGCCAAUUCCUCCUCAGCGUCCUCUUCUGGCUCCUCCUCCCCGGCGAGAGUGACAGCCCCCCCAUCUGUCCCCACCCCCCCGCAGCCCUCUGUCUAUAACACGCCCAUCAACCUCUACUCCAAUCAGAAUGCCUGUGAGGUGGCGAUGGGUCAGAGGCGGGGUCUGCUGGAAAGCAAAUCUACAGGAGAGCAACAAAAUGGGACCGCUCGGAAACCCGUCAUAGAGAUGGAGGUGAAUCAUGUGCUCAGUGAUGCCAGUAAAAAGCGUCUGAUUGAGGACACGGAGGAUUGGCACCCGCGCACGGGCACGUCACAGUCACGAUCCUUCCGUAUCCUGGCACAGAUCACAGGCACGGAGAACGAUCAAGCCCAGGAGAAUCGGUCCGGAAAGAAGGAGGUGGAUGAGGAUGUUCAGCCCAGUUCUCAUGCAACAUCUUCAGUCAAAACUAUGACCAAAACCCCCGCUGGAGCCCCUCGACAGGGCAACGGCGUCACACCAACUACAACCAAAAACUGGCAGUCUGGGAACACUGCAGGAUUUCCCAAAGCAGGUGCACCUGUGCCGCAGAUGGGCCCCUCGUUCGGACGGGUGAGUAACAGCGUUCCGAAGGGUCCGCAUCGCCCCGCGCCUCAAGCUCACCCCAAAGACCAAGAUGAUUUGCUGGUACAAAGGGCCGAACAUAUCCCCGCGGGCACACGCACACCCAUGUGUGCCCAAUGCAACAUGGUCAUCAGGGGUCCGUAUCUGGUGGCCAUGGGCAAAUCGUGGCACAAGGAGGAGUUUAACUGUGCUCACUGUCACAACUCACUGGCAGAUGUGGGGUUUGUGGAGGAGCGAGGAUCCGUGUACUGCGAACACUGUUACGAACAGUUCUUUGCUCCUGAAUGCUGCCGCUGUCAACAGAAGAUUCUAGGGGAAGUCAUCAACGCCCUGAAGCAAACCUGGCAUGUGUACUGCUUCCUGUGUGUGUCCUGCCAGCAGCCAAUCAGAAACAACACGUUUCACCUGGAGGACGGUCAGCCGUACUGCGAUACAGAUUACUACACCCUCUUUGGUACCAGCUGUCAUGGUUGUGACUUCCCUAUUGAAGCUGGUGAUAAGUUUCUAGAGGCGCUGGGCUUCACUUGGCAUGAUACCUGUUUCGUGUGUGCGGUGUGCACCACGAGUCUAGAAGGUCAGACUUUCUUCUCCAAGAAAGACAAGCCGUUAUGCAAGAAACACGCUCACACUGUCCAGUUCUGAACACACUCGCUGUGAAACGACAGACGACAACAGAAUGAAAUUGAUUAUUGCUGGUCAUAUUUUACUCUUGAGAUUUGUUUGUUUUGUUUCUUUCAAGUAUGUGAAUGCUUUUGCUGAGAGAUUUUUUUUUUUGCACUGCAAAAAUCAUAUUCUUAAUGUUCUUCUUGUUUUCUAAAAUGUAUCUUGAAUAUACACUUUUUCCUCUUGUUGCAUGAAACACAUAAGGAGAUGUUUAGCUAAAUGUUUUGUCUCAAUAAAUAUUCACUUUCAAAGAAUUAAAAAGUGUGCAAUGAAAGUGCGUGGUGACUGAGGCUGUCAUUCUGCACCAGUCAAAGAAAGAAGAAAGUCAUAUAGGUUUUGGAAAAACAUGAUGACAGAGUUAUCAUUUUUGGGUGAACUAUCGCUUUAACCCUUUAAGCUCUGAAGGUGUUUUUAAGAUUUCCUAAGAAACUGCUGAAAAUUCACAAAAAGUCAAAAAUGGACUUUUUUCUGAUUUGACAUUAUAUAUAUCUUUGGGUGUAAAUAAAGUGGCUCUGAAAAACUGCUUUUGUUUUGUUCCCAAUCAUGUCAACUGUAUCUGAGAAAGCAUUUGUGUUGAUAUGACAAAGCAAUCAAAAGUUAUAGCAUGACAAAAGUAAUUUAUCAUAGUGUCCAAAAACAUCUCAAAACAAAUAAAACAUAAUAAUUGUACAUAAGAACUAAUUACACAUGCAAACACAACAAUAACUAAAGGUUUGCAUAGCAUGCAGACAUGAUUUUAGUAAUGAGAUUUCACAGAAUGAGUUUCAUUCUGUGUCAUUUGAGUCAUCAUUGAGUCUGUGUCAUGUAUUUGGCGCCAUCUCCUGGUGGUCAUAUGUAACAUUGUGCUUCAUGUGGAUUAUCUAAUGAUCUAUACAUCAGAUUAUCUUGUGUGUGGGCUCGUUUGAAAGAUAAUCACCUCCUCUGAGUAAUGGUAUGUGAUAUUUUAUGUUCCGUUUACUUUUUCUGAAGUUAUAAGUGGAAACGCGGCAUAUAAGCAACACCAACAUAAUUGUCAGAGACAUAUACUUAGCUCUUACUCACUAUAUUUUUGUCUGUUAGUAAAACAAAUAGGCUGGUUGUAUUCUACUCUUUGAGAGCUUUCCAACAACAUAUGACACAUGACUAUUUGAUCAGUUUGACUUUUUACUGAUUGCAAUAAUAUGUAAAGUGCAAUUAUAUUUAAUAUACAUUAUCAAAACGGAACAUUUCUGAUUUGCCUGCAAAUUUCAAAGCACUUGUUCAGUUUUGGUCAUAAUGUCUACAUGCAUUGGAAAGUAGAGCUUCUAAGCUUUCAAACGAUACCUAUUUUGUGUUGGUCAAGACUGUAGUUAUUCAUAUAUUGACAAUUAGUUUUUUCUUGCGGGACCAUCUGAGCUUAAAGGGUUAAGCGGUGAAAUUCUUAAUUUAGGGAUGUUUACAAAUUUUUACUGGAAAACAAGACUCAGAUUCUCAUUAAGAGUUUGUUUUUUGCAGUGUAAGAAAAUAUUUUCUCUGAUUCCAGUUUGUUCUCAAUGUGUUUAUAAACAAACAUCAUGUGACAUAUUUACAUCAGAGUUUAUUAAAUGCUGAUAAAGCAGUUUGUGCAUGUUGUUGGAGAUCCUCAUUAAAGUUCAGAAUUUAAAUCAGAUACUGUAUCAAUUAAGUAUUUAAUACACAUGCUAAAUGAAAUGUUAGUGAAGAGAAUGUGAUGCAGUGUUUUAUUGAGAACAAACAUUACCAUAAUAGAAAAUACAUUUAACUUGCAAGAAAUAUUUAAGUCUAUAUUUUAAGCCUUAAAUAAGUUAUUAUUCUGUUUUUGAAACUUACUUAAAAGAGGCUUUGACUUCAUAAUAUAUUUCUGAAAUGUUCAUUGCAUUCACACAUGAAAUCACAUGUAGAUUGUUAGAUCUGUCAAAGUUUGUUAGCUGUAGAAGUGUUAAGGAGAGAGUGUAGAUUCUCAUGGGCCGCUCUAUUGAUGCAGGUUUAUUUAUUGAGCCGGUAGACAGAUUUUACAGCGCUGUGCCCUCAAAACGCUGAGAUUUAACGUUUCAUGUGUUGUUUCUGUGUGAGGUUUGUGGAGUUCUCUUCAGUGUUUGUCGGGUUUAUAUUCUCUGAUGGUUUCAGUGCCUUAAUUAGAACUUUAUUUUGUGCCCAAAUGAUUGUGCAAAGAUAACUAAUAUACAGAUAUUUACAUUUAUAAGUAAUUAAGAUUUCUUUUAUAUUAUCUUCAUUGUUUUUUUAGCUCUAGUUUUGAAUUAAUCUAAUAAGGGGUUGAUGUUUCAUCUUUAUUCUGUUUGGUUUUAAACUCUAAUGCACCUCUGUAUUAUGAGAUGGGAUUAAAAAAAAUAAAAGAACAUUUGUUUUUACCAAA